UUUUCUAGCAGCCUCAAGAAGUCUUCGAAGAGCUUCUACACUUGGCGUAAUGACUUUGGUCGGGUCGGGUCCGAAGCUCACGUCUCCUGCGACAUGGGCGAUGCCAUCGACAUCCUUGAGAACUGCGUCCCAGACGCCGGGGGGCAUUCUGGUCUGGUACAAUGA